GAGAAUGCCGCCGAGCGACAAGAGCUUUCUGAGGUCACGCAGAUUCGAGCUCCAAGUAGCCGGGGAGUUGCCUUCAUGUCAGCAAGGCCCCUUUUGCUUGCUGGCCUCUUUGCAUGGCUGCUGCGGAUAUGCCAUGGCAAUGCUGAUCUUUGUUGGGCUGGGGUGCCGGACGAUGUCAGAGAUCUCUGCUGCAAGUCUGGAAAAAGUAGCUGCUUCACCCCUGAGUUCACUUUCGAACUCUGCUGUCAGGGGGCGCAAGCAUCAUCUGUGUCGAAAUCGACCCAGGCUCCUCCCCACUUAGCAUUCGACCGCAAUGCUGCGUGUUUCGAGGAAGGUUACAUGUUUACGUACAGGAAGUGCUGCGAAUCUGCUGACGACCUGAAGAUUUUCGUUGCCGAUGGUGGCUGUUUCGAACAUACCGGGAAGUACACCUACUUGAAGUGUUGCUUGGAUCUGCCGGAGCUGGAACAGUGGAUACACGUCGACGAGGUGAAAGGUUCCCCUACAUCCGACUUCUAUCAGAUAAGGGGGACCUUGUACAUGACCGAACAGGUGAAACAGCGGUUUAGGCGAAGUGGUGGCACUCUGCCUCCAGCUACGCUCGGCGGCGUCAGCCACGCUGACGUCCAUAGCCCCUGCUUGAAGAGCUUUUUGUACGACUCCAGGUACCAGCUUCUGCCCAUGUGGAGCGGCAGAGUGAUCUUUCCUCCUCCUCCAAAGGACAUCAAUGUAGUUAUAAAGUUCCGCACCCGCAUGAGAGAAGCUGUGGAGUGCUGGGGGGAUGCAGAGUGCCAUCUGUACAUGGUCAAGCUCGACUGGUACUCUGUGGAACACCAUCGCUUCGAAGGUGCCUACAUGCUAUCGCUGCCCGUUACAUGCAACCUCGGAGAAGCCGCAGUGACGGUCAUUCCGCUGAUUUCAGACCGCCGCAUCUAUGACGCGGCCAUCCUUGGAGGUGCCACCUUUCAGCGAGUCCGGGAAGGAGACGUAUGUGUCGCGCCACCAAGGGCGCCUGGUGUUUUAGCAAUGUGCGCCAUCGUUUGCGCCUUGUCUUUGGCUCCGUUCUUGUAUUGCCGCUUUUGGCGGCAAACCAGCAGUGACACAUCCGCAUCCAAAGCAAAGGCUCCCAGUAUGGCCGUUGACAUCUUGAGACUGCUCGCGGCAUGGAUCGUGGUUGAUACCCACAGAAGACAACCCUUUCCUUUCAAGUGGCCUAUAUGCGACAUGACCGGUACAGACAUGGAAAGGUUGGAGGACGUGUUCGUGGUACUGACGGUCCGCUUGGUGUCUAUGCACAGCCUGACGUUGCAGUCGUUUGCGAUGAAAGUCGUGCGGAAAGUGGCAGUCCAAGCAAGCACCCAAAUAGCAUUUACACAUCUGGCAAGUUUUUUCGUUCGUCCUCCGUCCCCGUGGUACUGUGGACAGAAGCUGUUCUUUGAGGACGAACAGCCAGCAGGCUCUUUGGCAGGUUGGUUGGAAUGGAUGCUGGGGGCGGCAACGAUGCGAGACUUUGCCAUACCAGACAGUAACAACUUUGAUUCCGGCAUGGUGUGGCCAGCAUACCCAGCCGACGAUUUUCCGAACCCAGCUUGGCCGACGUCGACAUGGUUUGUCUGUUUGGAGUACUCGAUCUUCUGGUUUGUCGGAGCUGCCAUUGCAAUCGAGUCUGUGCUGCCACACAUAGUUCCAGCAGCCACAACGGCCUACAUUGCCUGGAUGUUCGUGGACUUGGACCGUCAGCCUCAAAUGUGUUUCAGGGACUAUUAUCAUUCGCUCCGGUACUGCCGGCUACCCUCUACCAUGUUGACCCACUGUGCAUGCCGAGCCCUUGCACGGCUUCUUGGGCCAACAGGAUAUCUCCGACAGAGGUGGACGCCUUUGGUCAUCGCUGCAAUCGGCGGGGCUCUCGCGCUGAGCACACCCAUCGAGAGCCAUGCACACUGGGAAACUUUCGGGUUCGGGGAGGCUCACUGCAGGCAACACUUGCCCUUUAUGGUUGCGGGAUUGCCCUUUCAGCUCUCGCUGCUCCUUUUUACAUUUCUCGACAUACAGCUGCCGGCGGCAGCAGCAUCUUGGCUCCGCUACCUUGCGAAUUUGAACUUUUGCAUCAUGGCUUCUCAUCUUUGGAUCUUGAUGUUCUUCGACAAGCAUGCUCCCGAGUAUGUUAGUGCGUGGUCCAGUGUGAGAAACGAUGCAGAGGGAAGCCUUUUCGCGACGCACCAGCUCAUCGUCAUCUUUGGUGUGGCAGCUCUGUUACAUGCCCUGGUGGCGAAGCCAGUGCAGCUGAUGGUUAGAGGAGUGGCAAGGUAUCCAUCUUUAGCGCCGCCGCUCGCAUUCACUCAUCUAGCGCUUUGCUUGCUGACCUGGCCACGCAACUUCAGUCACUACCCGCUGUUCACAUACGGUGACAAGCUGCCGGGUGCCGCAUCUUCUGCACAGUAG